CCUCCUUUGCUUUCCUAACAACCAAAUCGAGCUGUACAGCGACAGCCCGGACCCGUUCGCCGUAGGGCAGUGUAUAAAUGUACAGAUUAUACUUCAGGCUCAUCGUGCCUGUUUUACACGAACUGAUAAGAUGUGCAAUAUUGGCAUCUAAAGUUUUUAUUUUAUGUCAUUGUUUAUUUACUAGAGUUUUUGUAAGUUUUUGAAAGUUUAGUGGGCUACGCUUUUAUAAAGAUCCGUGUUUUUGUUGUUGUAUAAUGGUAUUAUUGGGUUACGGGGGUAUAGUAUUGAUACAAUAUUACCACUACAAUGGCCGGACCGUUUUGAUACUGUAGCUAGUUACUGUUGCUCAUUGAUAACAUAGUUAAGUGACUGUAAAAUCAGUGGCCGAUGUUGUUCUAUCUUUAAGGGACGAGGUUGCUAGCUAGCUUUGCUAACAGUGUUAUUGUUAAACCUCUAGCUGACUGGCACGUUAGCAAACAAUAAAACACAUGCGGGAGCACUGAUUUUAUACUACGAGAGACGACUUUUUUAAAGGAAUAUGGAAACCACUGUUGAUGUAAACCACAUUUUCCCUGAAAGGAUUACAGUUUUGGAUCAAAACCUGAUUUCAUUUACAAAAUCGCUGGGAAGGUCAGAUCCUCAAUCUCUAAUUGCAGCAGUAAUUGAUGAACUUGGAAGAGCCUCAGCCAAGGCCCAAUACUUGACAGCACCAAUCACAAGUGCAUCAAAGCUGCAGACCAACAAGCACCAUCUCUACCUGCUGAAAGACAGAGAAAGCAACGGAGGAAGGGGACUUGCAGUGGGUUUUCUAAAAGUUGGCUGUAAGAAGUUAUUUCUGCUUGACCAGCGAGGGGCGCAUGUCGAGACGGAGCCUCUGUGUGUCUUGGAUUUCUUUGUGACAGAGCACCUUCAGAGGCACGGCUACGGACUGGAGCUGUUUAGCUUCAUGCUGCAGCACAAAAAGGUAGAGCCAGUGAUGAUGGCUUACGACAGGCCCUCCCCUAAGUUCCUCUCUUUCCUGGAGAAGCAUUACUGUCUGAAAAACGGUGUACCUCAGGUCAAUAACUUUGUGGUGUUUGAUGGUUUCUUCACCAACAGAUCAGCGGCCCAGUGGAGAAAGGUUCCCCCCAAAAAGCUGGACGGAGAGAUCAAGCCCUACUCACUAACACAGAGGGGGGCUGUGCGAGAGGAGCAGAGGGCUCUCCCCUGGCCUUUGUGUUGCCCCGCGGCUCCUCCCUUCUCUCCUCCGUUGUCGGUAUCCUCCCCGUGCUCCCCAAGCAGGGCCCGCCAGUGCCCCAACCCGGCCCUGGCCCCAGCAUCUGCCCCUGGGGGCUACAGGGGCCCGGCCCCCAAACCCCCACUCAUCGGCAGUCUCAACUACAGGGUAAAACACACCAGCCAACAGGGCCUAGUUGCCAGGGGAAACCUCUACAGUCGCUACAUCAACACCCGGGGCUUUGGGCUGUUGUUGGAGACCCAGCAGAACACCUUCAAACUGCCAGGUUUGACACCAUUAUUGAGAGAGAGAGAGACUGACACAGGGGGACAGACAGACACCCUGGGACACACAGACAGGUCCCUUCCACCUCUGUCCCUAUCCAGGAAGGAGUUGCUCUGCUCCCAGACCACCAGAGAACCAGACAGACAGGCUGGGAUGGAGACCAGGGUGCUGGAGAAUAGGCUCCAGGAGGGGUUAGGGGGAGAGCUCUGGCCUGGGAGGGCUGGAGAGAAAGGAGGUGGGCCCCAGGUGGUUGAGAAGGGGCCAUUGGAGGCUGAGAAGGACAGGGGGAGAGGAGGCUGGUUAUGGACGGUGGGAGAGAGCUGCUGUAACACAGCUCAGUGGGUCAGGCAGAAGCAGGAAUAUAACAACACCAGACCCUGGUGACCCACAUGGAAGACAGACGGGCUGACAAGAAGAAGGAGAUAGAAGACGGGCUGACUGACAGAUGGAUGGAUAAGAAUCAGGAGAUGGAAGACAGACGGAUGAAUGGAUAAGAAGCAGGCGAUUGAAGACUGACUGACAUACUGACAGACGGAUGGAUAAGAAACAGGAAGUAGAGAGGAGAAAGAGACCGACUGACAGACUGAUUUAAUAGAGAUUUAGAGAAAUGGACUGUGAGCUAGAGUUGAGAUAGACGGGAAGACAGCCACAGCCAAUCCUCACCCACUUCCCUUCAUCCCUCUCACCUGAUCACUGGUUAGUGGUAGUGGUGCUGUGUUUGAGACAGAACAAGUGAAGGGUUUGGUUGGUAUGCAACAAUAGUCAGCCAGAUGUCACAGUAUACAUCCCAAAUGGCACCCUAUUCCCUAUGGGACCUGGUCAAAAGUAGUGCACUAUAUUGGGAAUAGGGUGCCAUUUGGGACUUAGACACAGUCUGAGGGUGUAAAAUGGUGGGUUACAGUACAAUGAACAGAAUGUAGCAGUGAAUACUGAGUACUAGUCAGUAGGUUGAUGAUGGUAAUGAGAACCACAGCGUUAGAGACCUACUAAAUCUGUCACAUGUACCAGCAGCUAUUCACUUGAAGGAAAAAGGCAAUGGAGCCAUGCUGGAAAUUCCAUCAGACCUGAGUUGACGCGUUAAGAUGUUUUCAAUGUAGAAAUAAAUGGCCUAAGCUGAU